GUUCUGAUUGUGUCACUGGUGUUUCUCAGUCCAAUAUUUCUUUGGAGAAUUGUAAGUAAAUUAAACAAUCUGAUUUUGAAUACUAACUCCUUAGAAAGCUACCUGGUAUAACAUUUAACAUUGGGCAAGUUUAGGCAUAUUAAAGUUCAAAUCUGCAUAAAACAUUUGGUUUUGUCAUUUUAAAGGGAAGUAUCAGUCCUUUUUUGGUGCAUGGUAAUACCCGGACAGACUGGUUUACCAACUCUGAAGACUGUGACCUUAGUAAAGUUGACGUUUGCGUACAUUCCCUGUGAUAUCAUUGCAGAGUUAUGCACCCUGGCUCAUGCUACGCUAGACCUUCAGCUUCUUUGGAAACAAAUAAAGGUAGGAGUUGUGAAAUUGCAUGGCGUCACGACGCAGUGAGGGCAACAGUGACGCGCUUGAAGCUACUCGGCGCCAUGUUGACUACUGGCAGCCGGCUAGCAGAGUGAGAGUCCAGCUGCGGCUGUAUGGCAACUUUCAAGAAUGUUUAGGCACACUCAGAUCCUCGCCUGGUCUUGUCGCAUGAGACCAUUGCAGCACCUUUCUGCUCUCUCCGAACAUACUGCUGCUGGAUGGCUGGGAGUGAGAAAUUUGAAAGAAAGGAGAUAUGAAGAAAUGGAUGGCAGUGGCAAAGACCACAAUGUGUCAGCAAGGACUGUUCGCAGUUUUAUACAGAUAUCUUCUUCCAUCUCGGACUGUGAUAAAUAUCAUCCAACAGAGAAUUCAUCUCAAAGCAUACUGUCCAAAGCCAACCCACUGAAGCAUCCUCACCAUCCUCAGGAUUCUGCUGCUGCUAAAACCAAACAAGCCUCUGACCUUGUGAGCACAUAUUUGGACUGUUUAUUCAAUGUGACUGGCCUUGGAAGCAGGAGGAGAUUUUGGGACUUUUGCCAGCCUUCACUCAGUAAGACCUAUUUACAUCACAUGCAGCACUUUGUUAGACCUGUCUGCUUGUCAACUCAUACCCCGUGGAUUUCAAAUCUUCACAGUAAAUCACAGCUCCCCUUGCUCCGCCAGUCCAGAGCUGCACAUCAGGUUGCUCCUCGUAUGGAAAACACUUGGAGAGACUGCCUUUCCCCAGUCAAUGAAGACAGAUGUCGACAGAUCCUGGAGCCCAACUUGAAAUUGUACCAAAUGGAAAAAGGCAGCAAGGAAGUAAAUCUGGGCCAAGGAAAAAAUCGAGCACGGUGGGCAUCUGUCCUGGCCUCUCUCUGCUCUGUUGAGGGUGAGCCUGCCUUUCUCUUCACACUGCGCUCCAGCACAUUGAAGGGCAGGCACAAAGGAGAUGUCAGCUUUGCUGGAGGAAAGAGCGAUCCAUCAGAUCGAGAUGUCGUCACCACAGCACUGCGUGAAGCCAAGGAGGAGCUGGGUGUUACAGUGGCAGCAGAGCAAGUCUGGGGUGUCUUGAAACCUCUCAGGGAUGUGACAGGGAUGAUGGUCGCUCCGGUGUUGGCGAACCUCGGUCCUCUGGAGGAGCUGACUUUCAAACCAAACCCUGGGGAGGUGGAAGAGAUCUUCACCAUAUCUUUAUCCCACCUGUGCAACCCCAAGAACCGCGGCUACACACACUUCCGCGUCGGGAGCAAGUACGCAUACACACUUCCAGUGUUUCCCAAUGGGAAGCAUCGGGUGUGGGGCCUGACGGCGGUUGCCCUGGAGCAGACCCUGAAAGUCAUUGUCCCCCGGUAGCACAUCAGUCACACACUCGGUAAUAUCACAAUAAAUAUGCAGUCAGUUUUUAGUAGCAAAAUCAGGAAACAAGGCUGAAUACAAAAUGAUUUCAACCUCUCAUUCAGGAAAGAACAGUACUUCUGUUUCUGUGUUUGAAAGAGAGAAGAAACCUUUAAUAAUGUGAACUUUUUGGACCUCACUCUGUAGGUAUUCAGCUACAACUUCACUGAUGUUACUGUCAUAAGAGAGAUUUCAGAAGGUUUGAUUUCAUUCAGCCAUCAAAUGUGAAAAAGAAUGGCAUUUGAAUGGCAGUGAUGUUUGAUUCUCUUUUAGGCACAUAUUUAAUUUUUACAAUCACAAAUCUGUAAAUAUAUUUGAGAUUUUUCCCUGCCAGCAAUGCAGAAUGUUUUCUUUUUCAUUCUGUCUGUUACAUUUGCUCAUAUGAGCUGAGUGACGUGAUUUAAAGUGUGGUUCAGGCCUUCUGUGCCAGUUCACACAAGAACAAAUCUGAAAUGAUGGGAGCACAUCAAGAUUAAGUGGUGCAUUGAAGAACAAUGCAAAUAAAUUUGUUUUGAACAUACUCUCAUUUUAUUCAUUUUAUAUACACAUGA